UUUGUGGGAGAGGAAAAGAAGUGUUUCUGAGCUUCUGGGCGUUUUCUUUCGGUUUUGAGGUUGUCUUUUUCUUGUUCGGUAGCACAGUCUAGAGUUUGGAACCAGAAGAGUCUCGGAUCUAGAGGCACAAAUCCCUCUGCCAGGAUAACCAUGGGAAUAUUUACAAAUUACAGAUUCUAUUUGAAAGACGACAGCUUACAGUACAUGCAGAAGAAAUUCCUAAGAGCUAAUAUUAAGAAAAACAAUGGAAAUGUUUCCUCUGUACUAACCCGUAAGUGCACACAUGUCAUCUUGAAUAAUGAUGCCAUCCUGAGUUCUGGUGAGCUGAGUACUGUCCAGAAGUAUCAUAUCUCCAUCGCAAACAUAGAUUUUUUAUGGGACUGCAUCAAACAAGGAGAACUCUUAAGUGUUGAGAAUUACAAAUGCAAUGAAUCAUCAGGAGUCACUCUACCUCUUUUUGAAAGAUCUAGCAGUUCCAGAGUGGACAAGGAUGACUUGUAUAGUACCACGGAGAAGAAUGAAGAGAUUGUGGAACACAAUAAAUUUUAUACUGAAGAUGACAAUAUCCCUCAUGUUCCUCAAGAUUUUGAAGUUGCAAAGUAUAGCAUCUUGGAAAAAAUUAAGUCAGAGGGAGAGAAGGAAGUUGUGGUGGUGGAACUGCAGUGCUUCCAAGAAAAUUCUGACUUUUCUUUUCUUGUAUAUGCGAAUCUGCUGCUGCCAGGAGGAGUUAAGACUAGAAGACAUUUAUCUAGAAAGAAUACAUCUGAAGAUGCAAGUGAAUACUAUGAGAAUUAUAUUGAAGAACUGAAUAAACAAGGAUUUCUGCCAUCAGAAAGUUUUCCACCUGAAGCAAACCUACUAGCAUCUGAGAAGUUACAAGCAUUGCUGUUGGAAGAUGUGUUAAAUGGAGAUACUAUAAGUGAAGAAGUGAGUACCUUAGUGGAGUUGAUUUGGGUGGAAGCUCUUGGUCACCUGGAGAACAUUCUUCUCAAGCCAGCAAAUAGCAUCAGCCUAAAUGAUGUGAGCAAAGCUGAGGGAAUUCUGCUUCAAGUUAAGGCAACAUUAAACAAGGGAGAAACAGCAGAAGAGUUGAGAAAGCUGAUGUCAGAAUUCUACCGACUUAUACCUCAUAGAAGUACAGAAGAUGAAGUUAACCAAAGACUGUUAUCUAAGAAAGAAGAUCUCUGCCAGCUCAUAAGAGAUGUAGUUAAUGUCAGUGAAGCAAAUCUCUCAAGACCUAACCCACCUUCUCUUGCCAAAUAUCGAGCUCUGAGAUGCAAAAUUGAGCAUGUUAAUGAGAACACGAGAGAGUUUUCCAAGGUUAAAGAAGAGGUAUUGCAAAAAAAUUAUGGGCAGAAUCCAGUGGACAUCUUAAAUGUAUAUCGAAUUGGCAGAGUUAAUGAAACUGUGGAAUUUCAGAGCAAGCUUGGCAAUGUGCAGUCCUUACUACAUGGAACACCUGGGAGAAAUAUUGUUGGAAUUCUUUCCCGGGGAUUGCUGUUACCCAAAAGAUUGGUUGAAGAUCAUGGAAUAGAAAGAACAGAUUUUGGAAAUCUUGGUAGUGGAAUAUACUUCAGUGAUUCUCUCAGUGCAAGCAUUAAGUACACAAAAUCAAAUAAAACAAAUGGCACUAGAUUCCUGGUUGUUUGUGAUGUUGCCCUUGGAUCCUGUAUGAAUUUGCACAAGAGAGAUUUCUCAUUAACUGAGCCACCGCCAAGUUACAACAGUGUGCAUGGAAUUCGGAGAACAGAACAUAUCAUCUCAGACUUCGAGGAUGAUGAAUUUGUUGUAUACAAAACCAGUCAGGUUAAAAUGCAAUACCUUGUUAACUUUUGUGUGCCUGGAGACCGAGUAAAGGACUUUUGUCCUUGCGCUGAUACUGAGUGGGAGAAAAAUAGACAUGAGAUUUUAAAUGAUCAUUCACAACUUAAAGAUUAUGCGUUACCAGAUACUGACCCUUUCAUCAACAUAAAAGCUGGCCUUCAGGAUCUCUCUGGGAUUCAAAUCCCUCUUGAAGAGAUUCAUAUCAAGGGAAGAAUAAUGGACUUCAUAGCCCAGAUCAUUGUUUUCCAAACAUAUACCAAUAAGAGUCAUCUGCCUAUUGAAACAAAGUAUGUCUUUCCCUUGGAUGCCAAAGCAGCUGUGUGUGGAUUUGAAGCUUUCAUCAAUGGCAAGCAUAUAAUAGGAGAGGUCAGGGAGAAGGAAGAAGCUCAUCAGGAGUACAGGAAGGCUGUCAGUCAAGGCCACGGAGCUUACUUGGUGGAUCAGGAUAGUCCUGAUGUCUUUACUGUGAGCAUUGGAAACUUACCACCACAGGCCAAAGUUCUUAUCAAAAUUACUUAUGUCACUGAGCUCAGUUUUCAUCAUGGAUAUGCUAACUUCUUCAUGCCUGCUACUGUAGCACCGUGGCAACAGGAUAAAGCUUUAUACGAAAAUUUGCAGGAUACAGUGGAGAAAGUUUGUAUUAAGGAAGUAGGAAUGCAGCAACGAUUCUCUUUAAAUAUAUCGAUUGAGAUGCCACAUGUAAUUGAGUUAAUUACCAGUGAUACACAUAAACUCAAAGUAAAGAAAACAGACUGCAAAGCUGUAAUCAGCACUUUGGAUAACAGUUCCUUAGACAGCGAAGGCUUCUCUCUCCAGAUCCAUAUUGGAGAGGCUUACCUCCCAAGAAUGUGGGUUGAAAAGCACCCAGACAAGGAAAGUGAGGCCUGCAUGCUUGUGUUCCAUCCAGAUUUCAGUACUGUCCUACCUGAAAAGGCCCAUACUAGUGAAGUUAUUAUUUGUCUGGAUUGCUCCAAUUCUAUGGAGGGCACAGAAUUACUGCAAGCAAAGCAAAUUGCCUUACAUGCCCUGUCUCUUGUCCAUGAGGGGCAAAAAGUAAACAUUAUCAAGUUUGGCACAAGUUAUACUGAAUUAUUCGCAUAUCCUAAGUACUCCACAAGCAAUCCUUAACUGACAGAGUUCAUUAUGUCUGCUACACCUACUAUGGGAAAUACUGACUUCUGGAAAACCCUGCGCUUUUUAAAUUUACUUUACCCUUCUCAAGGGAUGCGAAACAUACUUCUUCUAUCUGAUGGGCAUAUUCAGAAUGAGAGCCUGACAUUGCAGAUUGUAAAAAGAAAUGUUAGACAUACCCGCUUAUUUACAUGUGGCAUUGGGUCCAUGGCAAAUCGUCAUAUCCUGAGGGCUUUGUCCCAGUAUGGUGCUGGAGCAUUUGAGUACUUUAAUAUGAAAUCUAAAUAUAAUUGGAAAAAACAGAUUGAAGACCAGAUGACAAGAAUAUUUUCUCCAGGAUGCAGCUCCGUGUCUAUUAAAUGGCAACAACUGAAUCUAAAUUCACCAGAGCCCAUGCAGGCUCCUACACAAAUCCAGGCCUUAUUCAGCAAUGAUAGAUUGCUUGUGUAUGGAUUCGUUCCUCAUUGUACACAGGCCAUCCUAAAUGCUUUGUUUCAAGAAAGAGAAUUUCACACAAUGGUAUCAACUACUGAACUACAGAAAACAACUGGAACUAUGUUUCACAAGCUAACAGCUAGAGCUAUCAUUAGAGAUUAUGAAGAUGGAAUUCUCCAUGAGGAUGAAACGAAACAUGAGAUGAAGAAGCAAGUUUUGAAGUCUCUGAUUAUUAAACUCAGCAAGGAGAACUCUAUUAUAACACAAUUUACAAGUUUUGUGGCAGUUGAAAAAAGGGAUGGCAAUAAACCACUGGAUUCCUAUACUCCAAAUAUUUUGGAACUUGUCAACACAGAAGACAUAGACUUUCUGCCAUACAUGGAUUGAGAGAUGGAACAGCCAGAGGAGGCAAUGAUGAUCGUUGAGCGAAAACGUAUCAAAAAAAAGCUAAAAUAUUUUACAACUUCUAAUGAAGAUCCAGCUGGUUUUAAAUUAGGUUCAGGGAAUGCUACUUUUUCAGAUAUUACUUCUCCUGUGAAGAAAUAUUCAGCACCACAUCAUUUCCAUGGCAGUCCAGAAAAAAAGACUGGACUAUUCUCACACAUAGCUGAGGGCUUAGAAUUGGAUUCUCCAAUGGAGGAAAUCUGUUCUGCUCCAUUUCAUUCCUAUGAUGCAUUACCAAGAAUAUCAACAGAAAAUCUCCUUCUUGCUUCUGACCGGUAUUACCAUGCCAAGGCAUUAGAUCUAACUAAGAAAGAUUCAGGUGUGACAUUUUUAUUUAAUAAACAAAAACUGGAUUGGGAGGGUACAAACCCCUUCACUCUUUGCUCUUCAAUUCCUCCCCCUUCCCCUCCUCUUCCUCUGGCUAGUUUCCAGUUUCAUUCCAGUUUCUCCUCUUCCCAUCCUAAAUCAGGCUUUGGCUUACCUCGUGGUACCCUCACUACUUCUAGUUUUCUUUCUGCAAACUCUCCUUUUCCUCCUCCUUUAGUCCAACGUUCAGGUAGUGUUUUUGGCUCUCCUUGUUCUCGUCCUGAUCUUCCACCUCCACUUCCUGCUCCAUUUUCUUACUCUUCUCUUGCUCCUCCUCUUCUUUCUGAGUCUGCCCAGUCUAGGUCUCAGUUAGACUCACCUAAGAUUCGAAAACCUAGGGGACUGAGGCAAUCAUUUUUAAAAGUUCAGGAAAGGUCUGCCUCCCCUCCAAAUGUUGAUUAUGGAAGCUCAUCAUUAUUUGGGGGGGAAAUGCAAGUGCUUGCAUCAAGUCAUGAACAUUUUUUUGGAGAGGAAAAUGAUGAACAACUGUCAUGGUCCCAUGAGUGGACAUCUUCUCCAUCCAGUGAUGGAGAGUCUUCAGGUUCUUUAUUUACAAUGAAGAGUUCCAGAGUACAGGAUGUUACUCCAUCAAUUGCUGAGACACAAAAACACCAGACUGAUAUGACCCACAGAGAAAGUUGGUUGAGCGGUAUUAAAGAGAAUUUGGUGUUUUGGACUCAAGUUUUUAGGCUUCAGAGUGAGGAGGGCUUUUGGAAACUUAACCUUGAACUUGGGCUGAUUUUAAAUCUGAAUGUGAAUAAUUUAAAUAUCUUUCUUGUGCAAAAAGGCAUCCAAUCGCUAGGUUCCAAAGGAAGAGAAGAUGUAUUACAGCUGAUUGCCACAUUUCUGGUGCUACAGCUCAUUCGAGCUAAGCUGGAGCUGGGGAUAGCCGUCAAGUCACUGAUGAAAUUAGAUGACUCAGCUGCUUACAGAUCCUGUGACAAAUACUGGAGUUUUGAUUCAGUAAAGAAAGCAGUGGAAUGGGUAAGAAGAACAGAAGCACAAUAUCCAUCUCUUUGCUCUCGGCUUGAGUUGGGUAAAGACUGGGACUCUGCCACUAAGCAGCUGUUGGGAAUUCAGCCAAUAAGCACCAGAUCUCCUCUUCACAAAGCACUUAAUUACAGUCAAGGCUAAAGUCUGUCAAAUUGUAUUUGAAGAUUUUUCCUGUUUGGGUAUAUAAAGUACUUCACUUUGAAAAGAAAGUUACUAAAUUAUGAUUAUAUUCAGCUUAUGUUAGGCAUUUGAAAAUUAGAUAAAACAAGCUACUUCACUGUAAGCAAAUGUUAUCUAUUGCAAUAUAAAAAAGAAUAAUUAUGAUAUAGAAAAUUUAGUGUUUAACUUUGACAUUUUGAUGUGAUUAAUUCUUGUUUUGAGUACUUAAAUGCUUAAUCUUAACACAUAAACAUUUCAUAUUAUUAAGUUCAUCUAAAGGAAAUCAUUGUUUUCUGAGUUAGAAAAGGAAUAUUAAAUAUAUCAUAUUCAGGACUAGGAACCAGAAAAUAAAAAAUAUUCAUUCUAUGUGCACAAAUUCAAUGAAUAUAAUAAACUUGACA